AUGUUCACCCUUCUGUCCACGGUGCUAAUUGUAGGAUGGACGACGCACAUUUGCUACGCCGGUGAUGGUGAACUAAGCGAGGUACGCAUUGGUUUUGGAUCGUCGUUCAGCGCGAGGCGAGAUGUACGGUUUCAUCUCUACACACCACUGAACACGGCGGAUGCUCACGUCUUCUCGAUCGAUACUGUCGACACAUUGAUGCGUUCCUUCUACAACUCCAGUCAUCCCGUGAGGAUCAUCAUACAUGGUUGGUUCAACAAUGGAACCUCGCUAGUUAUCCAGGGCAUUAAGGAUGCCUAUCUUGCUGCCGGUAGCUACAACGUUAUUGGCGUCGAUUGGGGUACCGGAGCUAGUGAGUCGUACUUCCGUGCUUCGCAAUACACGAUCGCCGUUGGACUGGUAGUGGCAGAUCUCAUUAAUCAGCUCGUGCGUUCCAAUAUGACCAGCAUGGAUCAGCUUCAUCUAGUGGGACACAGCCUUGGAGCACAUAUUGCCGGCAAUACGGGUCACUCGCUCAAAACGGCUCAGCUGCAGGUGAUCUAUGGGUUGGAUCCGGCAUCGAUAAACUUCUUCCAGGAUGAGCCAGAAACACGGCUCAGUCUCGAUGAUGCUGCGUACGUUGAGGUCAUACACACGAAUACGCAGUUUUCGGGAUAUCCGGCACCACUUGGACAUGUGGACUUCUACAUGAACUACGGUCGGAAGCAACCGGGCUGUAAAACGGAUGUUUGUAGCCAUGGACGAUCUACGGAGUUCUUUAUGGAGUCACUGUCGAACACGACCAAAGGAUUCUGGGGUGUGGGGUGUGUGGAUUACAACGAAAUCAAGUCACGCUCCUGUUACAACAUCAACAAGCAAGCUCUCAUGGGCGGCGAGUAUAGGCAGAAGAACGUUACGGCGGGUGUCUAUACGGUGGAAACAUUGGCUGAAGCACCGUACGCGAUGGGAUACGUUCACUAG